UGGCUGGGGAAGCUGAAUGAGUCCAUAUAGAUGGGAGACGUAAAGCAGUUCCUCUAUGCCUGGUGUGGUAAGAGGAAGGUAACACCUCAGUAUGAGUUCAGUCAGAGCGGAGCAAAGCACAAACCAAGGUUCAAAUGUGAGGUACGCGUUGAGGGAUUUGACUAUAUAGGAGUCGGUAACUCUACCAACAAGAAGGAUGCCCAGGCCAACUCUGCCAAAGAUAUCACUCAACAUCUUGUUAGACAAGGCCUGAUACAACAGUCGGAGGUCCCAGAAAUGGGGCCAUCAGUAGCAGCUGGUGGAAGUCAAGAAGGUGGAGGGGCCAUGGGGAGAGGCACAGGGUUUAGUGGACUUCCUGGAGGUGUGAAUGCACCGCACCAGUCUCUAGGCCUAGGUGGGCCCAGCAUGCCCGAACAAAAAUUUGAUGGCCCUGAACGGGAUUUUCCUGCCUACGAGAGAGGACCACCACUCAGCUAUAUGGAAAGGAUUGCUGAGAAAAGGAAAUUAGAGGAGUCAGAAGAUGUUGACUUUAAUGCAGAUAUCCAUGGAAACUGGACUUUGGAAAAUGCUAAAAGUCGUUUGCACCAGUUUCUACAGGUAAACAAGAUUCAGACAGACUACAAGUACAGCAUGGUGGGACCAGAUCACAACAGGAGUUUUAUCGCUGAAAUGAAGUUCUAUGUCAACAAACUUGGUCAAGUUAUAUAUGCACAAGAGCACGGCUCCAACAAACAGGUGGCAUCUAAGUCAUGUGCCCUGUCCCUGGUACGCCAGCUCUAUCAUACUGGUGUCAUAGAGGCAUUUACAGGCCAGACAAAGAAAAAGGACACAGAGAAGUUGGAGCCCCAUGAAGUGGCCAUAGCACCUGAAUUAGAAGCUUCUAUGGACAAGGCUCUUGAAGACUGGAAUAUUUUUCCCAUCCCAAAGCCAACUGAUGGUAGUCAGCCUAGCUCCAUGCUCACACACACAAGUCUGGAAGAAUUUGAACCGGCCAGUCGUCGUAACACUGGCGGUGUAGUACCGUGGUCACCACCUCAGCCGAACUGGAAUCCGUGGACAAAUUGCAACAUUGAUGAGGGACCAUUAGCUACGGCAACAAUGGAUGAAAUCAGUCAAGACUUGUAUAACAACUUUGAAAAUCAGAAGUCAACAGACGAAAGCCUUCAUCAUAUGUUAGAUGAGAGGUCUAAAUUACCAGUGUGGAGUUCUCAUGAUCACAUUCUCCAGACCAUUCACGAAAAUCCAGUGACACUUAUAAGAGGCGAGACAGGAUGUGGUAAAACUACUCAGGUACCACAGAUAAUUCUGGACCAAAUGGUGGAACAAGGACGAGGGGCAGAGUGUAAUAUCAUUAUAACACAGCCACGAAGGAUCAGUGCUGUAUCUAUAGCUGAGAGAGUAGCCCAGGAGAGAUGUGAAGAUCUGGGGCUCAGUACAGGCUACAGUGUCAGAUUUGAGUCCAUUUUACCUCGUUCAUAUGGUGCCAUCCUCUACUGCACUGUAGGUACGUUGUUGAGGAGGCUGGAGAAUGGAAUGAGAGGAAUUUCUCAUGUCAUUGUGGAUGAAAUUCAUGAGCGUGAUAUAAAUACGGAUUUCCUGUUAGUAAUGCUGCGUGACAUGAAGAACACCUACCCCCAGCUGAGGGUGAUAUUGAUGUCUGCCACUGUAGAUACCACCCUAUUUACCGAGUACUUUGGACAGUGUAAAGUGGUGGAAGUGUAUGGUCGUACACACCCUGUACAAGAAUAUUACCUGGAGGACUGUAUUCAGAUGCUCAACUUCAUUCCGCCUCCAUCGGAUAAACGCAAGAAACGAGACAAGGAUGAGAUUCUGGAUGAUGGAGAACCAGAGGAGAACUGUAACUUGAAUGUUGGAUCGGAAUACUCUGAACAUACCAGGAGGGCCAUGGGGAUGCUAAACGAGAAGGAGAUGUCAUUCGAAUUGAUAGAAGCCCUGAUUAAGUACAUCAAGUCGUUGAAUAUACCAGGAGCAAUCCUCAUUUUUCUGCCAGGCUGGAAUCUUAUAUUUGCUCUUCACAAACACCUAGAGAUGCACCAUGAGUUUGGUGGACGCCAGUAUCGCCUAUUACCCCUCCACUCGCAGAUCCCUAGGGAUGAACAGAGGCGGGUCUUUGAACCUGUCCCUGACGGUGUCACAAAGAUUAUACUGUCAACCAACAUAGCUGAAACUAGUGUGACGAUAAAUGAUGUGGUCUAUGUUAUAGACUCGUGCAAAGCUAAAAUGAAACUGUUUACAUCCCACAACAAUAUGACAAACUACGCCACAGUGUGGGCAUCAAAGACAAAUCUUGAGCAGAGGCGGGGCAGGGCAGGUCGUGUGAGGGCUGGCUUUGCCUUUCAUCUAUGUAGUCGUGCAAGAUACGAAAAGUUGGAUCAACAUACCACUCCAGAGAUCUUCAGGACACCUCUACAUGAGUUGGCACUGUCCAUCAAGUUACUACGCUUGGGUCCUAUUGGUCCAUUCAUGGCCAAGGCUGUUGAGCCUCCUCCAAUUGAUGCUGUGAUAGAGGCUGAAGCUCUACUCAAAGAAAUGCGAGCAUUAGAUUCUAAUGAUGAACUGACACCUCUUGGUAAAAUUCUGGCCAAACUUCCAAUAGAGCCGAGACUAGGCAAGAUGAUCAUCUAUGGCUGUCUCUUCUACUGCGGAGAUGCUGUAUGUACUAUUGCGGCCAGUACAACAUUUCCUGAGCCCUUUAUCACCCCAACAGACAGGCGCAGACUUGGUUGGGUCCACAAAUCUUUGGCUGGCAAUAGGUGUAGUGACCAUGUGGCUCUCCUCAAUGCUUUAAGUUUGUGGGAAGAGGCAAGGAUGGGUGGAGAACAGAAUGAGAUCUAUUUCUGUGAACAGAAGUCUCUAUCUAUGCCUACCCUAAGAAUGACCUCAGAAGCAAAGUGCCAGCUGCGGGAUAUUCUAAUCAACUCAGGAUUCCCGGAGGAAUGUCUGUUGCCACAGGUGUACAACUACAAUGGACCAGAUAGCAACCUUGAUAUGGUGAUUACCCUGCUUUGUAUGGGUCUGUAUCCGAAUGUCUGUUACCAUAAGGACAAAAGGAAGGUACUUACAACAGAGAGCAGGGCUGCUUUAGUCCACAAAUCUUCUGUCAACUGUAACAACUAUGAGUGCAGGUUUCCAUCCCCAUUCUUCAUCUUUGGAGAGAAGAUCCGAACCCGUGCAGUGUCAUGUAAACAGAUGACAAUGGUGUCACCUCUACAGCUACUGCUGUUUGCUUCUCGCUCAGUUAUCUACCAGGAGAAUUUCAUUUCACUGGACAACUGGAUCAACCUCAAGAUGGACUAUAAUGCUGCAGCAAAGAUAGUUGCCUUGCGUCCAGCCCUGGAGGCCAUGAUAGUGAGGACCACAUCAAAUCCAGAGGGAGUGGGAAAUCCUAGUCCACAGGAAGAGUCGCUUCUGUCUGUUAUAAGGGCACUGUCAAAGCCACGUGCAGGAAAACAUGGACUUCAAGAUGAUAUGGGUCAGCCUGGUGGAGCUACAACCAAGUUUCAGCGAAUGGGUGGUGGUUUUGGUGGACGUGGAGGUGGGUUUGGUGGGCGUGGUGGAGGAUUCGGAGGUGGUGGAUUCCGAGGAGGAUUUCGGGGAGGAUUCCGUGGACGAGGAGGUGGAGGAUACGGUGGGGGUGGAGGAUAUGGAGGGGGCAGAGGAGGUGGAGGAUAUGGAGGGGGCAGAGGGGGUGGAGGAUAUGGAGGGGGCAGCUAUAGAGGAUUUGGUGGUGGUGGAUUCCGCAGUGGUCCUAGAGGAGGGGGAGGAUUCAGUGGUGGUCCACGUGGAGGAUUCUGACAGAAAUAUUUGUCUUCAAUGCCAUUUAGUGAAAAAAAGUUUUGAAGACUGUUAUGUAGUAAAAUUAAGCCUCGUUUUAUUGAUCAGUACAAAAGAUGUAUUGUGUCAUACAAGUUUUGAAAUAUAGUGUGUUAAUGAAUGAGGCCAGAAGAGAAUUCUUUUUUUUUUUUACCUUGCAUGUUACUAAAAUUGCAAUAUUUUCAUAUAUGUUAUUGCUGGACCAAUGCAUAGAUGCCAGAGAUUUUCCCCACCUCUUGAACGUAGACAUAUGCAUUUACAAGAAAAUGCAUAGCUCAAACACAAUUGAUCUUGUUGCCAUUUUUGUGUUGAUGACUUUGUCAUUUGUGGUCUUGUCCCUUUAUUUGUAUUUCUUGUUAAUGGUGUGAUAAAAUUAAAAAUAAAACUUAAGAGAAAAGUCA